GCGCUCUACCAAUUUCGGGGAUACCGCUUACUUUACCUCACCAUUGCUACAACAGCUUUCACCUCAACCAGUGAAUUCUCUUUCCUGUAAUCAUCACCAUGGGAACGACCUCUGUUCGCCGCAAUCUCUUUCAUCACCAUCUCAGCAGACGCCCUGUGUCGGUCGCUCCUUCUAGCUCCUCUGCGCAGAGCAGCGCUACACAGGGGGCUCCGGUUCUAUCCACACAUAUGGCACCCUCGAUGUCCUCGGACUCCGCCUCGUCAUUGGGUUCCGGCCCCGUCGAUGCAGGGGAAAUUGUGGCCCGAGACACAAACGGUGGCUACAAGCUCGACAUUCCGGUUCUCCCCGCUUUGAUUGGCAAUGCGGGUGAUGAAAUGGAGGGUAUAGAAGACGUAGGUGCUCAUGGCGGCUCCGGAACUGCAACAGUCGAUACUACAAACCAGACCGAUAUCUCAAGACGGGAGAAAGAGAAGAUUGAAGCCAGUUUAUCGGAAAUGUAUCGAAACAAGAGCAGGCAGAUUUUAACCCUUAUCCAGCAGAGCCUUCGUAACAAAGUUGCUGCUUUGGAUGAAGAUAAUUGGAUGUACGAACCCGAGGUCGACUCCAGCAUCUAG